AUGUUUGGACUUGGGGCAAGCCAUCCCUUCCUUGAUUCUGGAUCCUGGUGGUGUGAUCCUCCUGCUUCGGACACCGACCAUUCUCCCUGGGAUGCAGCUGAAAUUUCUGCUUGGCAGAAAAACAUGGAAGAUGAUUCGGCCUUGGCUCCUGUGGAAGGGGCCAACCAAGAGGUUCUGCAAGCAGAAGACCCAGAACUGGAGGCCAUCAAAGCCAAAGUCCGUGCAAUGGAGAAGGACGAUGAAUGGCUGCAGGAGUUGCAGAAUGAAGCCAAGUCUCUCCUUGUGAGUUCAGACCCAGGUCUCCUGUUAUCUAGAAUAAACGAGAAGAAAGUGGAGGCUGACCAGCGCUCGAUCUAUGUGGGAAACGUAGAUUAUGGAGGGACUGCUGAAGAACUGGAGUCCUACUUCAAUGGCUGUGGACAGAUCAACCGAGUGACUAUCCUUUGCGACAAGUUCUCAGGCCAUCCGAAAGGGUAUGCCUACAUAGAAUUUGCUGACCCGAGUUCUCUCAAAGCAGCCAUGGAACUGGAUGAAGGGACGUUCAGAGGCCGUAUCAUCAAGGUGCUGCCCAAAAGAACCAACUUUCCAGGGAUCAGCUCCACAGACCGGGGUGGCUCCAGGGGGCGCUUUCGAGGGCGGGGAGCCCCACCUCGCCAUGCCAGCUUCUGUGGGGGGCAGCGUUCAAGGCCCCGUGGCAGAAUAGUCAGGGGCCGUGGGAGGAUACCUGCUUGGUACACGCCUUACUAG